AUGGCCGUCGCCGCCAAGACCAUCGCACCGCCCGACCGCGUGCCCGUGCGCCGGGCGCUAUUGUCGGUGUCCGACAAGACCGGGCUGGUCGAACUGGCGGCCGCGCUCGCGGCGAUGGACGUCGCGCUGGUCUCGACCGGCGGGACGCGCCGGGCACUGGCCGAUGCCGGGCUCGCGGUUACCGACAUUUCCGAAGUGACCGGGUUCCCUGAAAUCAUGGACGGAAGGGUGAAGACGCUGCAUCCCAAGGUGCAUGGCGGGCUUCUGGCCGUGCGCAACGAUCCCGACCAUCAGGCCGCCAUGACCGAACAUGGCAUCGAGGGCUUCGAUCUGGUCGUCGUCAAUCUCUACCCGUUCGAAGAGGUCGUCGCGUCGGGCGGCGAUGAGGCGACGACGAUCGAGAACAUCGACAUUGGCGGCCCGGCCAUGGUGCGGGCCUCGGCCAAGAACCAUGGCCAUGUGGCGAUCGUCACCGACCCGGACGACUACGACAUGGUGCUCGGGCAUCUGUCGGACGGCAAGGGCACGACCGAUCUUGCCACGCGCCGCCGCCUCGCGGUCAAGGCGUUCAAGCGGACGGCGAGCUAUGAUGCGGCGGUUUCCCGCUGGAUGGAGACGGCGUUCGAUGCCGAACCGUUCGAUGCGCUCGAUGCGCUGGGCGGGCGCCGUGUCGCGACGAUGCGCUAUGGCGAGAACCCGCAUCAGGCGGCAGCGCUUUAUCUGACCGGCGAGACCCGCCCGGGCGCUGCCACGGCGAGGGUACUGCAGGGCAAACCGCUCUCCUACAACAACAUCAACGACACGGACGCGGCCUUCGAGCUGGUCAGCGAGUUUGGCGCGGAGACGCCGGCGGCGGCCAUCAUCAAGCAUGCCAAUCCGUGCGGCGUCGCGCGCGCCGGAACGCUGAUCGACGCCUAUCGCGCCGCAUUCGAUUGCGACCGCACAUCGGCGUUCGGCGGCAUCGUCGCGUUCAACCGUGAACUGGACGCCGAAACCGCCCGCGCCGUGCUUGAGAUCUUCACCGAAGUCGUCAUUGCGCCGGCGAUCAGCGACGGCGCGCGCGAGGCUUUUGCGGGCAAGCCCAAUCUGCGCCUUCUGCAGACCGGCGGGCUCGCCGAUCCGCGCGCGCCGGGCUUCGUCGUCCGGCCGGUCGCCGGCGGCUAUCUCAAACAGGGGCGCGACGCGGCGGUCGUCGGCGACAUGGCCCUGCGCGUCGUCACCAAACGGGCGCCGGACACGCGCGAAAUGAACGAUCUGAAAUUCGCCUUCCAGGUUGCCAAACACGUCAAGUCGAACGCGAUCGUCUAUGCGCGCGACGGCGCCACCGUGGGCAUCGGCGCAGGCCAGAUGAGCCGUGUCGAUUCAAGCCGCAUCGCCGCGCGCAAGGCGGUCGACGCCGCCGAGGCGCUCGGUCUCGCCGAGCCGAAGACCAAGGGAUCGGUGGUUGCCUCGGACGCGUUCUUUCCGUUCGCGGACGGAUUGCUGGCGGCCGUCGAGGCGGGCGCGACAGCGGUCAUCCAGCCGGGAGGCUCGAUGCGCGACGAUCAGGUGAUCGAGGCGGCCGAUGCGCACGGCAUCGCCAUGGUGUUCACGGGCACCCGCCAUUUCCGCCACUGA